AUGUCAGCUGAUGGCGCAGUACGAAAACUGCGCACAGAUGUGGCCAGACAAAUAUCGACCGGUCAAGUAGUCGUUUCACUAAUGGGAGCUUGUCGAGAACUGGUCGACAACGCGUUGGAUGCAGGAGCGACCACAAUUGGUAUGUAAAGAACGUUUUCGCGGUUUUUCUAUCUGUAAAGAAAAUUCUUGUUAUUUUUUGUUAUGUAAAGAAAGUUCUUGCCGUUUUAUGUUCUGUAACGAAAGUUCUUGUGACUUUUUACUCUGUAAAGGUAGUUCUUGCCAUUUUUUGCUUCGUAAAGAAAGUUUUUGCCAUUUUUUGCUUUGUGAAGAAAGUUUUUUCUAUUUCAGAAGUCAAACUUCGUGAGCACGGCGCCGACCUUUUGGAGGUCAGUGAUAAUGGUCAUGGAAUUGCGGCCGAAAACUUUGAAUCGCUUGGAAAAGCACAUGCCACUUCCAAAUUGACCGAUUUCAACGAUUUUAACUCUCUAUUAACGUUCGGCUUCAGAGGCGAAGCUUUGAACGCACUCUGUGCCUUAGGGUAAAAUUUAUUUUAAUUUUUUCUAAACUUUUAAAAUUCUAGCGCAGUGGAAAGAAAGUUUUUGCGUUUUCUCAAAAAAAUAGGUUUGGAAAGAAAGUUCUUGCGUUACUGGUAAAAAUAUUUUCGGAAAUAAAUUUUUUUUUAAAUUGUUAAAAAUAGCAAAAAUGACAGGAACUUUAUUUACAGAGCAAAAAAUAGCAACUUUUUUACAGAGCUUAAAAUGGCAAGAACUUUUGUUACAGAGUCAAAACUGACAAGAAUUUUCUUUACAACGAUAAAAUGGCAAUAACGUUUUUUACCAGAACAAAAUUUAAUUUUUUUUUUAUUUUCAGCACGGUAACAGUAAUAACUCGUCACAAAUCGGCUAAACUGGCUACAAAACUGACAUUUUCACCUCAAGGCGAGAUUACAUCUCAAACCACCGCUACUCGACCGGUCGGUUCCACAGUGUCGGUCGAAAAACUCUUCAACUCAUUGCCCGUGCGGCGAAAAGAAUUUGUGCGAAAUGCGAAACGAGAAAUGCAUCGCUUACUGGGCUCAGUCCAAGCCUUCGCCCUUUCAAGAACUGAUGUCAGGUUCACGGUGGCAAAUGGAGGUAGUGGGUAGGUGGAAAUUGGGUUUUUUGAUUGUUUUUUGAAAUAAGAAAUAUUUUUUGUAAGGGUUAUAGUUUUUUUCGAGGCUGGAAAGAAAUUUUCUGCAUGUGAAAAUCGAUUUUCAUUUGGAAUGACAAGGCAGAAAACAGUGAAUGCUGUCAUAAAUUAUUAUGAAUAUGAGUAGUAUUAGCUAAAGUUACAAUAUAUAAAAUAUUUAUUUAUCCAGAAAUAUAAAAUACGACAGAUCCGCGGUCUAGUUGGUUAGAGACUCCUUAGUUUUUGGCCAAAUCGGCCUAACUAUAAACAGUUUUUGCAAGAUAAAAAAGACCUUCUUUGUUCUGGACCGGUUCUAUAUUUUUGUAAACAUGUUUUUGUAUUUCUUAACUCACAACUUCGCGACAAAUGCUUUGGCGGGGGUUCGAAUCCGCUUGGCUGCAAGUGACAAAAAUAAAGCUGUAAAGAAAGUUUUCGAAGAUUUUUUGAAAUUUUGAAAUUAAAAUAAGAAUCUGAAUAGAGAGAGAGUAUCUUUGUCACGGUAUAUUUUUAAAAAAUUACCUUAAGAACUACAGUAGUUAUGGAGCUUUAAAGUCAGCCGGGUUCAAAUCCGCUUGGCUGCAAGCUGACAAAAAAAAGAGUAGAAAGGAAGUUCUCGCAUUUUUUGAAAUUUUGUUGGAGACAAAUAUUGAUCAUGCUAUUGACUGUAUUUUCACAAAUUUUGGAAAAGUUACAGUAAGAACUACAGUAGUUAUGGAGAUUUAAAGUCAGCCGGGUUCGAAUCCGCUUGGCUGCAAACGGGCAAAAAGGAAAGAAAGUUCUCGCAUUUUUUUUUGAAUUUUUUUUGAGACAAAGAUUGAUCAUGCUAUGUGCGAUAUAUUUACAAAUUUUGGGAACGUUACAGUAAGAAGUACAGUAGUUACAAAUGAAAAAUAUCAGCCGAAUUCAAAUCCACUUGGCUGCAAGUGAGAAAAAUAAGGCUGUAAAUAAAGUUCUUGCAUAUAUUUCUAAAUUAUAAUUUAAGAAUUGGAUUUCUACGUUCUAUCUCAUUUUUAGUUAAAAUUUGACAAAGUUAUGGUAAUAAAUACAGUAAUACAACUCGACUAUGUUAAUCUACGAGCAUUUUUUUAACACCACGAUAUUUAAAUGAAAAUGAAGCUACUUUAUUGUCAGUAAUGUACAAGUACGAGGUAAAAUACAUAUAAAGUAGAUCGGUUUGUUUAAGUACCAUGUUUUCAUCGUGAGACUAGGAAGAUCAUCAAUACGGCAAGUAAUGUUGCUACGACCGAACACAAUGUGUAUGCCUGAAAGUAGAGUACUGUAACAUUACAUAGUAAUGCUGUAGGUACUGUAGUUGGGUACUAUAAUACAGUAUAAUAGUAUCGUACCACGUACUAUACUACAGUAUGAUAGUAUAGUACCAUAUACUGUACUAUAGUACUGCUGAUACCAAUAUGGUUACUGUAACAAAAAAUCAAAAAAUACAGUAACCCAGAGUAACUUACAAAGCUGACAAGAAGAAGGAUGUUUUCCGGGCCAGUAAAUCCGCGUAAACCAUACAUUAUCAACUCAACUACGCCCAGCACUGCCGUAAAACCGUAGCCUACCAUGAACUGAAAUUGUGUGAGGCUUAGAAAAAUUUUAAUUUAAGAUAAUGUAAACAAAGUUACUGUUAUUUUUGGCUUGUAAAGGACAUUAUUGCCAUUUUGAACCAUGUAAAGAAAGUUCUUGUCAUUUUUAGAUUUGUAAAGAAAGUUCUUGCCAUUUUUCGAUUUGUCAAGAAAGUUAUUGCCGUUUUUUGCUUUGUAAACAAAGUUCUUGCAAAUUUUGUGCCAUUUUUUAAAAAACAUGACAUUUUUAAACUCACCACAAUCGGCGGUACACUGCCUCGGGCACUGUUCGAACUGUAAAGCAGAAACAACAUUAAAUCCAAACAAAACGAAAUCGUGGUCAAAAUGAACGCAACAACAAUUGUAAUGCUCUCUUGCCAGCCGGUAUGAAACAGGACCAACGUUAUGGGCACGAAACGUGAAUGCUGAAAUUAAAAUAAGUUUAAAAAUGUAAUUUCGAUUUUCAAAAUCGAAUGAAAAUGGCAUUUUGGCUUCAGAAUUAUAAUAGCAGAAAACCGUUAUAAUUUAGGGUUAAAGGGGCAGAAAAUUAAAUGGAAACAAAGUUCUUGCGUAUGUUUGAACUUUUUCAAUGUGGCAGGUCAUAAAGUAAUAGUGUGGCUGUUUUAGUAGUUUUUUGAAAAAUUGCAGUAAGUAUUACAGUAGUUGUGAAACAAAAAGUCAACGCAAUAGUCUGCUUGGAUGCAGGGGACAUAAAGAUUUAGCUUCUCUAAAGAAAGUUAUUGUCGUUUUGAAAAAAAUCAAUAUGACUUAUGUAUAGCCUAGCUCAUAGGCUACAAUUUUUUUAAUUUCCAGAAAAUUACAGUAAUCCCUACAGUAGUUAUGAACCAAAAAAAUCUGCCGACUCUAAGUUCCCAAACUAAUGCCAGUGGUAACAAUAAGGUCUGUAAAGAAAGUUAUUGCGGACUUGGAAAAAUUUCAAGAUGACUAUUGUAUAGCCCAGUUCAUAGGGUACAAUUUUUCAAAUUUCCAGAAAAUUACAGUAGUCCCUACAGUAGUUAUGAAUCAAAGGAGUCAGGCGGGUUCGAAUCCGAUUUGUUUAAAAUCUCAAAAAAAGCCUGUAAACAAAGUCUUUGCUGCCUUUUUGAACAAUUUGAACAGUACUAUAAAAUAAAACUUACAAAGAUGAACUGACACAACAGCGAUUGCAUCCGCCAUUUCAAGGGCGCGGUCUGGACGGGCUGUCGGGCCAGGACGCGCGAGCGUUGCGAGUUAUUGUUGGGGGCGGGCGCGGCCUUCGAACUCAUGACGUGAACAAAAUCCGACUGCUUCGCUUAGCUAACCGUAAUCAAAUGUCACAUUGUGGUGUGAAUAAAUGUGAGAGUCAAAAAAUUUAUUAUUUGCAAUUUGAAUAUGAAAAAAUGUGGGAAAUUUUCAAAAUUUUGAAGGUAAAAGGAUUUUUUUAUCUUUAGGUAACAAAUUGAAAAUUUUUUGGUUUGGAAAGAAAGUUAUUGCGGAUUUUGAAAAAAAAUGAGUUUUUGGAAAGAAAGUUCUUGGGAUUUUUUUGAAAAAUGUGUUUUUGGAAAGAAAAUUAUUGCGGUUUUUAGUAAAAAUAUGUUUUGGAAAGAAAGUUCAUGGGGUUUUUUGAAAAAUGUGUUUUUGGAAAGAAAGUUAUUGCGGUUUUUUGGAUACUGUGUUUUGGAAAGAAAGUAAGUUCCUGCGGUUUUUCAAAAAAUGAGAUUUGGAAAGAAAGUUCUUGCGGUUUUUCGAAAAAUGAGUGUUGGAAAGAAUGUUCUUGCGGUUUUUUGCAAUAUGAAUUUUGGAAAGAAAGCUUUUGCUUUUUUUUGAAAAAUGAUCUUUGGAAAGAAUGUUCUUGCAGUUUACUUAAAAUUUAGCUUUGUAAGGAAAGUUAUUGCAACUUUAGUUAAAAAUACGCUUUGGAAAGAAAGUUCUUGCCAUUUUUCUAUACAAACUUUAAUUUUUUUUAUUUUCAGCCGCCUAAUCCAAAUCCUCAACUCUCCAGGCAACAAUGCCAAUCUGAUGCAGGUAAUGACGUCUCUAUUUGGUGCUUCAGUAUCCAAAAAGUCUCUAGUACCAAUAAAAACGGCCGAACCGGACGAGAAGUGUUUGGACGUGUAUGAGUUACGGUAUUCGGAUACGGUCAUGGAGGAGUGUAAACAAAUUGGAUUGAGUGGCUAUAUCAGUAACUGUGAGGCUGGGAAUGGCAGACAUACGACUGAUAGACAGUUUAUUUUUAUUAAUAAACGACCAAUUGAUCAUCCGAAGGUAGGAGGCUUUGUGGGGGUGGGGAGGGGUGUAAAGACGGCCUUUCAGGGGAAGGGUAACUUUUUAAGCCUAAAAUUUUUUAAAAUUUUUGUGUAUUUUAGGCUUAAAAAUUAGCCCAUGGGUCUUGAAAUGAUUUUUUUGGCUAUAUUUGGCUUUUUAAGCUUAAAAGCACCUUUAUAAGCCUAAAGGUUUUCUAGUAUGCUAUAUGCGAAUUUUUAGGCCUAGGGGAAGAAUUUUAAGCCUGAAAUCAGUUUUUAUAUUUCAAAAUUUUUUAAGCUUGAUCUUUUAAGUCUAAAAGGCUUUUUUUAGGUUUAAAAUGUAUUAAAUAUGUUUUUUAAGCCUAAAAUAUGUUUUUUAAACCUAAAAAUUGUUUCUUAUGCUUAAAACAUAUUUUUUUAAACAUAUUUUUUAAGCCUAAAAUUUUGUUCUUUAAGUUUAAAAGUUGUUUUUAAGCCUAAAUCUUAAAAGUUGUUUUUUAAGCCUAAUCACUUCUUUUUUUUCAGUUGUGUAAAAUUGCGAAUGAAAUGUACUCAGUUUUCAACAAAGGGUCAUUCUGCAUUUUGGUAUUGUUCAUCGAGGUUGAUCCAGGUAACGUAAUUCAAAAUUUUUGCUUAACAAUCAGUUUCCUACUCCCCCCCCCCCCCCCUUACUCCUUAUGCAGCGUCGACCUGGGGACCGACUUUUCGAAAUUUUUUUUUUGUUUUUUUACGUACAGGUACACCUACCUGUUGAUUUUUUUCCGGAUCGGCUCUGAGGGGGGGGAAGUCACCCCGAACCACAAACGACGUCUCUACAAUACCUUACACUUACGAACCCAUACCACUGCCUUUACUCUUAAUCUACUUCUACGGCCACGUUUUUCUGCCUUAUUCUUACUCUUAUCCAUAGUUCUUCAACUUAUACCUCUACUCCCAUCUCUGCGCCGUACCCCUAUCCCUACUUUUACCCCUAAACCCACCCUACUUUUACUCUUACCCUCGCUUUUUGUACUACUCAGUCUAAUCCUAUAAUUUUUAGCCCAAUUGGACGUGAAUGUAACACCAGACAAGAGGAUAGUCUACUUGAGGAACGAAAAGGAAUUGUUUGCCAAGUUCAGAGCUUCGAUUCUAGCCACAUUCGAAGGAAUCGCUGGGAAGAACACAGUGGCUAGAGAGCUGUUACCCACUCAAUCACAGUUCUUCACGACCAAGGAUUGUAGGUUUGAUCAGGGACGUCGCUACGGUUUUUCUCUGGGGGGGGGAAAUCUUUACAGGGUUUAAAAUGGCAAGAACUUUCUUUACAAAAUAAAAAAUGGCAAGAACUUUUUUUACAGGACAAAAAAUGGCAAUAACUUUCCUUACAAGUAGUAAAAUUACAAGAACUUUCUUUACAAAACAAAAAAGAGCAAAAAGUUUCUUUACAGGGCAAAAAAUGGCAAGAACUUUCUUUCCAAUACGUUUUUUUUCAAAUUUCAGUAUCAGAAAACGACAGUCGGAACGAUGACUACGACCUGUACGGUACUCCACCAGCAACAUCGCCCAAUCGAGAACCGGUCAAUAUUUCUGGAAUUUUGGAAAAUGAAAAAAAAUUCGAAAAACGGUCGAAAAGUUCAGGGAAAAAGCGACUAAAGGACCAAGUGCACCAAAGCGACCAUGCACGAUGGACAGUUUUGUAGACAGGAUUAGUAGUACUGUAAGUUUGGGUAUGGUACUGGAGGUUUCUGUUGACUAAUGAAAAGUGGUACUGAUGGUAAUUGGAGUUUGAGUCUAGUACUAAUGGUACUAUGGGUUUAGUACUAUAAGUAUAUUUUGGUACUACUGGUACUAAAAGCUUGAGAAUGGUAAUAGAAUGGUUUUUUAUGUUAGUACUAUAAGUUCGAGAACAGUACCCAAAAAAAUUUUAAAUCCAGGACACAACAACACCACGCCUAACAGAAACAGUGACAUUACAAUCCCAUAUGGCCACAGAUGAUUUCAUGGAACGUAGUUUCUUGGCCAAUUCCACAGCUCUGGACGAAGCUAUUGACCUUCAUAACGCCCAAGAGUUUCAAGGCCACAUCGUUCACGCUACAACUCAGAACGUUGGAAAUCACGGUGAGUAUGAAAGAGGAGACUCUGCUGAAUCUUUUCAUAUAAAAUUUUUACUGCAAAAACUUUGUUUACAGCAAGAAGUUUGGGUUUGAAAAAAAUAUUUUUAACAUUUUUUGGCUUUUUUUGAUGGAUCAAAUUGAAAGUUUCAGUACAAGAUGAAGAGCAAAUGAAUCUUGAUGAUCUUGACGAAAAUCAACGGAUAAUGAUGAGUAAUUUCAAUAAUAUUGACAGCCGGUUAAAUGAAAUUGCGGCAGCGGCGAAUACCAGAUCCGUUCCGAUAUUAACCAUGGCAAAUCAAGGCGACGAUUCUUCGAAAAACACCGACAAAAUGAAGAAUUCUUAUGAAAAGAUAGAUGAAACGAUGGAUUAUGAGCCUAAAAGUCGACCGGUCGAUAAAUUCGUUACCAAAUUGUCCGCAAACGAUGGAAAUUUCCAAAAAGUCAGUGAUAUUUGUGGAACUUUGAGUGAAAGCCAAGUCAAUUUGAUUGAAAGCUUUGAAGGAAGAGUAGCAAAAGAUGGUACAAUGAAUUCAGAAGCUAGUGAAAAUGAUUUGACAGCCGAAUCAGUUGGAAUCACCGACAUAUCAACCGAUUACGAUGUUAACAUAGAGGAAUUUCGACCAUUAUGGAGAGAAAUUGAGGAAGCUGACAUCGGAAGUGACAUUUUUUCAUACAAUUAUAAGGAAGGUGGUACUCAAAAGCAUGAAGAAGAAGAUGGAGAUGUGAAAGAGGGCGGUGGAUGUUGUACUAGCACACAAGUUGGCCUGGAAGUGAUGAAUAACUUGGAUUUUGAGGAAAAUUCCGAAAAAGCCGAAGAGAAACUGGCUUUAAUGUUGAAGUAAGUGUUUUUUUGGGAUUGAUAUAGUGUUUGAAAGAUGAUAAAAAGGAAGUGCUUUUGAUUUGACUUUGCUAAAUUUUGGAAGAAACUUUGUUUACAAGCUAAAAAUGGCCAAAUUUUGAGGAAAAUUGAAGGUUUGUAGGCUUAAAAGGUAAAAUACGUCGUAUUUCUCGAUUGUUUAAAGAGAUUUUCAGCUUUGUAUAUAAAGAAAAGAAGUAGGAAAUUACUAAUUUUUUAUUUCGAUUUCAAAAAUUUGGAAGAAACUUUGUUUACAAGCUAAAAAAUGGGAAAAUUUUGCGGAAAAGUGAAGGUUUGGCGGCUUUAAAGGUAAAAUACGGGCGUUCCAAAUCCAUGUUGAAAUGAUCUUCAACUUUUAUAUAAGGAAAAUAUUAUAAAUUUUCUAUUUUGAAUUUCAAAAUUUGGAAGAAACUUUGUUUACAAGUUAAAAAUGUGAAAGUUUCUGGGAAAAUUGAAAGUUUGUACACUUUAAAGGUAAAAUACGGUCGUUCCUAUGCUAGCUUUUAAUGUUAUUCUAUUUUUUUAUAUAAAGAAAAGGAUUGUAGAACUGUAAACUUUUCUAUUCUGAGGUCAAAAUUUUGGAAGAAACUUUGUUUACAUACUAAAACUAGAAAAAAUGCGUGGAAAAUUGAUGGUUUAUUAGUUUUAAAGGUAAAAUACGGGGGAUUACGUGUUUGUUUUUAGCGAUAUUCUAUUUUUUAUACAAAGAAAAGGAUUGUAGAACUGUAACUUUUCCAUUCCGAGGUCAAAAUUUUGGAAGAAACUUUGUUUACAAGCUAAAAAUGUGAAAGUUUCGCGGAAAAUUGAAAGUUUGUACACUUUAAAGGUAAAAUACGGUCGUUCCUAUGCUAGCUUUUAAUGUUAUUCUAUUUUUUUAUAUAAAGAAAAGGAUUGUAGAACUGUAAACUUUUCUAUUCUGAGGUCAAAAUUUUGGAAGAAAUUUUGUUUACAGCUCAAAGAACGUUAAAUUUCUAUCUAAAACCGUCAAUUCUUGCCUAAACAUUCAAUUUUUUAACAAAAUAAUUCGUUUUUAGAGCUGAAAACUUUGACCAAAUGUCAGUGAUCGGCCAAUACAACAACGCAUUUAUCUUGGCGAGGCAUGGACAUGAAAUGUUCAUGAUUGAUCAACAUGCAGCGGACGAGAAGUACAACUUCGAAUGGCUGCAGAAGAAUGCCAAAGUCCGGUCACAGGGCGUUUACGAGUAAGGAUUUGAUUAUUUGAGGGAAAAAACGCAAUAACUUUCUUUCCAAAACUUAUUUUUCGAAAAACCGCAAGAACUUUCUUUCCAAAACUUAUUUUUCGAAAAACCGCAAGAACUUUCUUUACAAAACUCAUUUUACAAAAAACGCAAGAACUUUCCUUCCAAACCUCAUUUUUUUAAAAAACGCAAGAACUUUCUUUCCAGACAGUCUCAAAUGGCGUUUGGCCCAGUGGACGAGGCUAUAUUAAUGUCAAACUUGGAGAUUCUCUCGGCUAGCGGCUUCGAAUUCGAAGUGGACCCAGAAGACCAACCCGGCUCCAGAAUCCGCUUAACUUCCGUACCUACAUUAUGUGGAUGGCACUUUGACAAGGCGGAUAUUGAGGAAUGCAUUAGCGCGUUGAAGACUUUUCCUUCAGCCAUGUAUCGACCGGUAAAGUUGCGUAAGAUUUUUGCUUCAAAAGCUUGUCGAAAGAGUGUCAUGUUCGGUGACAAGCUGAGCAUGGAGCAGAUGGUUACGAUUGUACGACAUAUGGGCACGAUGGAACAGCCAUGGAACUGUCCUCACGGUCGACCGACCAUCCGUCACGUUUGUACGCUGAAGGAUGCGGUUGACCUGCCAUUGGCUGAUGAUAAUAUAGAAAUAGAAAGAGAAGAACAAGAAGAAGGUGGUAUGGAAUCACAAGAAACAAAUUUGACAUUUGAUGUGACUGAAGCUGAGUUGGACAAGGAGAACUUGAAUGAAACACAAUAUGAAGAGGAACAAGACGAUGAACAAGAAGGUGAUGAUGGCGAGGAAGAGCAAUUAAAUGAACGGGGAGAAGAAGAAGAUGAGGAAGAAUAA